AUGGGAAACAACCCUUCCUCAGUGUCGAAGCCGGCUACCCCCACUACUGCCUCGUCUUCGUCCCACGAAUCCCCGCGAGCUUCUAAGAAUCAACCCAAGAACCUGGUAUCCAUCCAUAACCAGCACAUUAGGUCACCAGCCUCUCCCGAAGCCUCGACCAUCCAGGCAACCGGUACUUCGAUACUUAACAAGAAUUCGAGACCGCUCUCCAUACUUAACUCGUCCUCACCUUCAGCUAGCUCUUACCACUCCACCGUUGCUCCUAAGGUUCCCGAGCAGAAGCCGAAGCCUGCCGAGAUUAAAGAUGAACACUCCAAGCCUGUAGCCGUACCCUUCUCCUCUUCCCAUUCGGAACAGGUCUCAUCUUACAUUCACGAUUUCCACGACGAGGACAGCUUAAUAUCAGGCCCCACCAGCAGCAUCCAGGAUAUGUCCUAUCCACACCCUCGGCCGCCGCGCCUCCCGCUCCCGAUAGAGGAGGAGAUCCAUACUCCCGGGUCGCCGAUCAUCGCGCCAAGCGAUGCUGACGUUAAGGGUGUUGACGACGUCGCAUCGCUCGACGAUUCGGCUAGUCUAACUCGUCGUACAUCAGGACUUAGCAAUGCGACUGACGAGGAUGACACCGAGGAACUUCGGGUCGACAAGACGAGACCUACGAUACCAACCCGGAUUGAGUGGUCCCGGGGCGGCCAGAAGGUCUAUGUCACAGGAACGCCGUUUCAAUGGAGUAGGAAACAGCGAUUGCUUCCAUCUAAGGAUAGGGAGAAUGUGCUGGAGACGGUAAUACCUGUUUUUCCAGGCACGCAUCAUAUAAAAUUCUUGGUCGAUGGCAAUAUGCAGACGUCGCCAGACCUGCCUACUACUGUCGAUUUUGGAAACAAUCUGGUAAACUAUAUUGAAGUAAGCGGAGAAGAUACCGACUCGCGAAACGUUCCCUUAGAUGUCGGUGUUCCUAAAUCGAACGAGGCUGCUUUAUCUCUUCCUUCAAGGCAGCCUUCACACGACGAUUCCGCUAGGGGUCCCCAGCAGAAGGUCAUAGAUCCGGUUGAGAACUUCUCGGGGAAAAUCCCCCAAUACCUAGAAGAUUUUGACCAGCCCGAAGAUUCUUCAUCUUAUAGACUUUCUUCCUUAGCCCUCGAACGACUCCCACCACCACCCAGCUUACCUGGUUUCUUGAGUAAGCCAAUCAUGAACAAUGUCACACUGAUCAAGGAUGACAACAGCGUCCUGAACAUGCCAAAUCACACUAUGCUUAAUCACCUGGCUACUUGUAGUAUUAAGAACAAUGUCCUUGCCGUAUCGGCCACUACCAGGUACCAAAAUAAGUACGUGACUACAAUUAUUUACAAGGCUACGAAGAACGAAUAG